AUGCCACAUCAACGAGGUAACAUUACAGCGUUGGAUAUCUUACUUGAUACCCGGACUCCUCCAAAGAUAAAACAACAGGUACAAAACAAAAUGAAAAUAAAAAAUGAAAUGGAGAAUUCCCACGCUGGUGUCGCUAUACCUGUCGAUGAAGAUUCCCUGGAAAUGGAGGAAACGACAAAAAAAUUGAACUUUUAUAAAAUUGAGAGGCCAACCACCAAUAGCGGAUUGUCUACUUGGAUUUUGUUGAGUGGACAAGCUUCAGGUGCUACUACCAAAUCGCCGCCAACUAAAAAACCUGUCAUUAAAUCGACCCCAGAAGAAAAACAAAAUGUGACUAUUGUAAACGAUAAGCCAACUAGAAUCAUAAAACCAAUUUUUAAACAACGCCCUACCACCACAUUGAAACCAAGCACAACAACUACAGCGCCUACCACAACUGCAGCUAAGACCACAACCAAACUAACAAAAGUUAAAGCCUCAGCUUUGAACAGUUCACAUAAAAAGUCAAGCACAACCACUGAACAUACAACGAAGAAACCGAAUACCGUAACCAGCUUAACCACUGUAAAAACAAUUUCUUCAACGCAUUUAGCUGUUGUAAAAAAUGCAACAGCAGAAAACACCACACUGUCAGCUACAGAUUCAAGCGCUUUGCCUUUAGAAAGUAAAAAUGGAGAGGUGGAUCUUCCUAACACAGACAACAAAAAGAAGAAAAACACAAACAAACGAAAGAAGAACAAGACCAGACGGCGCAAACCAGGGGACAAAGGCACUAACAGCACCAGUAUAGCAAAACCAACCAAGAUUUUAAAAAAUAAACCAUAUGGCACCCAACUUUACAACUAUCUAGCAAGAGAAAUCAUGCCCACAGUAGGCGUAGGUUUGGUAGGUCUCAUGGUGACGGCAGGAUUAGCCAGCUACUUCCUCUAUCCAUUCGGUGUGGCUAGAAGAUCCUACGAAAUAGACAGAAAGGACAAAGAGGGUUCCUAUUACUACAGUGAUGACUACUCUGGAGGAAUGCCUGAGGAAGAGGCCAUAGGAAAAGUCAUAGCAGGAAUGCCAGGAAAUUCACUAUUUGAAAACAGCUACAAGUCUCCAGCUUCCAGAAAUGCUUAUUUAAACAGUAAAAAUAGACUAAGUGAUAGAAGAGCACAGAUCCAACGCAAUGCCUAUAGCGGUAUGGUACAAGGUACCGUGGAAAACGUUCCAAUAACAUCUACGAAACACGAGAAUGAGAAACCAAGCUAUCCAAGCAAUAGCUACGAGCCAGUAUCGUACUCCACUGAUCUUGAUUCCAGAUAUCCACCCACUGUCGACCAGAAGUUCGUUGUUGGUAAUAUUCCCAAGGAAGUUGUCACGGAAGUGACACCAGCAGCUGUCCCGGAACAUGGUCCUAGAAACCUCAAUUUUGAAACUAAUUACGCGGAAGAACCUAUUUUCGUGGUUGGUAAUCCACCACAAGAAUUCACGAGGAAUAUAAAACUGGACACCGUUCCAGCACAAAGGCCUAGAAGUUUAAAGGUUAGGAGAAAACGAAGUGAUAUUCCUAACGACAUAGAUAACGAAAUAGUUUCCAACCUGGAUAAAGAGGAAGCAACUACUAUCAGCGUUGUAGAUGCAACAACAACAGAAACACCUAGUUCCCCUUCAUCAACGAAUACCCCUGAAAAGAUUGAAACCACCACAUCUGGCAUUCAGACAAUCACAGGCCUUCCCGAUAAAUUAAAUUCUUUUAUUGAUUUAAUGAAGGAAUUGAUACAUUUUAAAGCUAGGUUAGGUUUACAGAUGAUCCAAAAUGCUACUAAAAGUAUUUCAACAUAUAUCUCCAGAAUACAGACACGUUUAGAUCAAGAUUACAGGGAUUACUCGAAAAACAAACAUUGAAUUACGUGAAUAGUUUUUAACCAUUGUAAUUAAGACUGUUAAUUUAUACGAACCGGCAGAAUAGCUUUCACAUACAAAUGGCCUGGAAUAUGGUUGUGAUCAAUUUUUAGCAAAGUUAAAAUUCUUGAUAAAGAAAGCUGUCCUGUCAGUGAUACUUAUUGGUUAAUCUUUUAUUUUUAAGCUUAUUUAUUUAUCAAAAACUACGGUGAUACAUUAAAAAGUUAAAUCGAAUUUCCAAAUGGUUCGUAUACUCCAAUUAAAUGGACCUUUAAAUUUGGUCAACUUGCCUGAAUUUGUGAUAUAAGUUAGUUUGAGGUAUAUAAUAACAAU